AUUCUAUAAAGCAUUUGCUGGGAACACAAAAUGUUCUAAGUGCCCUCCACACAGUUUAACUUACAUGGAAGCAACUUCUGUCUGUCAGUGUGAAAAAGGUUACUUCCGAGCUGAAAAAGACCCACCUUCCAUGGCAUGUACCAGGCCACCUUCAGCUCCUAGGAAUGUGGCUUUUAACAUCAAUGAAACAGCCCUUAUUUUGGAAUGGAGCCCACCAAGUGACACAGGAGGGAGAAAAGAUCUCACAUACAGUGUAAUCUGUAAGAAAUGUGGCUUAGAUACCAGCCAGUGUGAGGACUGUGGUGGAGGACUCCGCUUCAUCCCAAGACAUUCUGGCCUCAUCAACAAUUCCGUGAUAGUACUUGACUUUGUGUCUCACGUGAAUUACACCUUUGAAAUAGAAGCCAUGAAUGGAGUUUCUGAGUUGAGUUUUUCUCCCAAGCCAUUCACAGCUAUUACAGUGACCACGGACCAAGAUGGUAAGUUCCACUGCUGUUCUCUCUAAACAAACCCAUAAUUCCUUUUCGAUGCAUAAUAUCCCUGGUGGAAUUAUAUUCACUGAG